AUGGCCGAGCGCCGCCAGCCCCCUGCGGAACUGUUCCUGAAGCAAAGAUUGAAGGAGGAGAAGGAAGCCAAGAAGGCACGUUUGGAUGGCAGGCACGACUACUUGUUUUCCAUUGUAGCCUCCUGCGUGGACGUGAGCAAGUCCGACGUGGAGGAUGCCGUUCUUGAGGGAAACCAGAUUGAAAGAAUCGAGCAGCUCUUUGCUGUGGGAGGUCUCCGCCACCUGAUGUUUUACUAUCAGGAUGUGGAGGUGGCAGAAGCAGGACAGUUUGGCUCUCCAGGAGGAGUGACUCUGACUUCUGGAAAGAUGAAAAAACCCAAGGUGUUUGUGACUGAGGGAAAAGAUGUUGCUCUUAUGGGAGUGUGUGUGUUCUUCAUCAGGACGGACACUUCCAAAGCCAUCACCCCUGAGAACAUCCAUCGGGAGGUGAACUUUAAUGUGCUGGACACCGCAGACGGGGGCUUGCUCAACAGUGUGAGGCAUUUGCUGUCAGACAUCUUCAUCCCGGCGCUCAGAGCCACGAGCCAUGGCUGGGGGGAGCUCGAGGGUCUUCAGGAAGCUUCCAGCCUCCGGCAGGAGUUCCUCAGCUCCCUGGAGGGCUUUGUGAGCAUCCUGUGGGGUGCUCAGGAGAGUUUGAAGGAGAAGGUGAACCUCCACAAAUGUGACGUAUUUGAACUGAAGACCCUGAAGGAACCGCUGGAUUACUUGACUCUGGCUAAUAAUCCAGAGACUUUGGAAAAAGUAGAAGGUUGCAUGAAAAUCUGGAUCAAACAGACAGAACAGGUCCUUGCGGAGAACAACCAGCUGCGGAAGGAAGCCGACGACCUGGGGCCCCGAGCAGAGCUGGAGCACUGGAAGAAAAGACUGUCUAAGUUUAACUACCUUUUGGAUCAGCUGAAAAGUCCGGAGGUGAAGGCUGUGUUGGCGGUCCUGGCUGCAGCCAAGUCGAGGCUGCUGAAGAGCUGGCGGGAGAUGGAUAUUCGAAUCACUGAUGCAGCUAAUGAAGCCAAGGACAAUGUCAAAUAUUUGUACACACUUGAAAAGUGCUGUGACCCCUUGUACAGCAGCGACCCUAUUUCCAUGAUCGAUGCUAUUCCCACACUUAUUAAUGCAAUUAAAAUGAUCUAUAGCAUCUCUCAUUACUAUAACACCUCCGAGAAGAUUACAUCUCUGUUUGUAAAGGUGACCAAUCAGAUGAUAUCUGCCUGCAAAGCCUACAUCAGCAGUAACGGGACUGCUUCCAUCUGGAGCCAGCCGCAGGAGGUCGUUCUGGAGAAAAUAUCAUCCGCAAUUAAGCUUAAGCAGGAAUAUCAGAACUGCUUUCAUAAGAUCAAGCAGAAGCUGAAACAGCAUCCCAAUGAGAAACAGUUUGAGUUUAGUGAGAUGUAUAUUUUUGGAAAAUUUGAAACUUUCCACCGACGUCUCGCCAAGAUAAUAGACAUCUUUACAACCUUCAAGACCUACUCAGUCCUGCAAGAUUCUGAGAUUGAAGGGCUGGAAGAGAUGGCGGCUAAGUACCAGGGUAUUGUUGCCACCAUCAAGAAAAAGGAAUAUGACUUCUUAGACCAGCGGAAAAUGGAUUUCGACCAGGAUUAUGAAGAGUUUUGCAAGCUAACUAAUGACCUUCAUAAUGAGUUGCAGAAGUUCAUGGAUUUUACAUUUGAAAAGAUUCAAAACACAAAUCAGGCACUCAGUAUGCUACAGAAAUUUGAAAGGUUGAAUAUACCAAAUUUGGGUAUUGAUGACAAAUACCGGUGUAUCCUUGUCAACUACGGGGCUGACAUCGAGAUGGUCGCCAAGCUGUACACGCAGCAGAAGUGUGACCCUCCUUUAGCUCGUGACCAGCCGCCCUUCGCCGGGAAGAUCCUUUGGGCCCGGCAGCUCUCCCACAGGCUCCAGCAGCCAAUGCAGCUCUUCCAGAAGCACCCCACUGUGCUGAGGGCUGCCGAGGCCAAGCCGGUGAUCCGGAGCUACAACAGGGUGGCCAGGUGCCUCCUGGAGUUUGAGGUUCUUUACCACAGGGCAUGGCUUCAGCAGAUUGAAGACAUUCACAUAGGCCUCGAGGCUUCGUUAUUGGUGAAAGCUCCAGGCACCGGGGAGUUAUUUGUGAACUUUGACCCUCAGAUAUUAACCUUAUUUAGAGAAACAGAGUGCAUGUCACAGAUGGGUCUGAAGGUCUCACCGUUUGCAGCUGCCCUUUUCCAGAAGCGGGAUAUAUACAAAAAGAACUUCAGUCACAUGCAGAUGAUGUUGGCUGAAUAUCAGAGGGUGAAGUCUAAAAUGCCUCCCAUCCUUGAGCAGCUGAUGGCCCCCCAUUUGGCGAAAGUGGACAUGGCUCUCCAGCCUGGCCUCUCCGCACUCACCUGGACAUCCUUGUACAUCCCGGCGUAUUUGGAAAAUGCUUUUGCUCAUAUCAAGGACCUGGAGCUGUUACUCGACAGAGUCAACGAUCUGAUCGAGUUCCGCAUCGACGCCAUGCUGGAUGAAAUGAGCAGCACAAUCCUCUGUCGGCUGCCGCAGGAGGAGCCGCUCACUUGCGAGGACUUUCUCCAGAUGACGAAGGAUCUUUGUAUAAAUGGUGCUCAGAUACUACAUUUUAAAAGCUCAUUAGUGGAAGAAGCAGUCAAUGAGUUAAUAAAUAUGUUGCUGGAUGUGGAAGUUCCGUCUAAUGAAGAAAGUGAAAAAUUCUUCAGUGUGAAUAGUGCUGAUUCAAAAAUUAAAAAUUCAGCAAAACAAGAAGAAGGAAAUUCUGAAAACUUGACAUCCGUUAAUUCUGGGAUUGGUCUCCUGUCUUUGAUGACAGUCACCAGAAAGAAGAAAGAGACGGAGAUGCUGGUGGAAGAAGCCUGCGAAUUGCUGUCUCAUUUCAACCAUCAAAACAUGGACGCUCUUCUGAAGGUCACCAGGAGCACACUGGAAGCCAUUCGCAAGCGCAUUCAUUCCUCUAACACCAUCAACUUCCGUGAGAGCAGCAGCGCCUCGAAAGUGAAUCAGAGUGUUCUUCCCAUUUUCCGAGCCAACAUCAUGCUGGCCAUCCCCAACAUCACCAUGGUCCCUGCCCUGGAGGACGUACAGCUGACCCUGAACAAGGCCGUGGACUGCAUCAUCAGUGUCACCAAGGGGGUCAGACAGUGGAGCAGUGAGCUGGUGUCCAAGAAAAAGAUGCAUGAAAAAAAAAUGGCUGCUUUGAAGAGUAAUGGGGACAGUGAUUCUGAUCUGGAAACAGGAGAAAAUGAAUCUCAAGAGACUCUUGAGAUAGCAUCGGUAAAUUUACCCAUCCCCGUGCAAACCAAGAACUACUAUAAGAAUGUUUCUGACAACAAAGAGAUUGUAAAAUUAGUCUCUGUGCUUAGCACAAUCAUUAACUCCACUAAAAAGGAAGUGAUUACGGCCAUGGAUUGCUUCAAAUGCUACAAUCACAUUUGGCAGAAGGAGAAAGAAGAAACCAUUACGUCAUUCAUUAUGAAAAACCCCUUGCUCGCUGAAUUUGAAUCCCAGAUUGUCUACUUCCAAAAGCUCGAGCAGGAAAUUAAUGCUCAGCCUGAAUAUAUCUGUGUGGGUGCCAUUGCUUUGUACACAGCUGACUUGAAACUCACCCUGACAGCUGAAACAAAGGCCUGGAUGGUUGUCAUUGGCCAUCACUGUAACAAAAAAUACAGGAGUGAGAUGGAAAACAUUUUCACACUUGUUGAAGAAUUCAAUAAGAAACUGAAUCGUCCCAUCAAAGACCUAGAUGACAUUCGGAUUGCUAUGGCGGCCCUGAAAGAAAUCCGGGAGCAGCAGAUCUCCACUGACUUUCAAGUGGGGCCCAUCGAGGAAUCCUAUGCGCUGCUUAACAAGUAUGGACUUCUGAUAGCAAAGGAAGAGAUGGACAAAGUUGAUACUCUGCACUAUGCUUGGGAGAAGCUUCUGGCACGUGCCAGCGAAGUUCAAAAUGAAUUAGUCUCACUGCAGCCUGGUUUCAGGAAAGAACUUAUUAGCACAGUGGAGAUCUUCCUCCAAGAUUGUCAGCAGUUCUAUUCUGACUAUGAUUUGAAUGGACCGAUGGCCAGUGGCUUGAAACCCCAGGAAGCUAGUGAUAGGCUCAUCAUGUUUCAGAAUCAAUUUGAUAAUAUCUAUCGGAAAUACAUCACCUAUACUGGGGGAGAAGAGCUUUUUGGACUGCCAGUUACUCAAUAUCCUCAGCUUCUUGAAAUAAAAAAGCAACUAAAUCUUCUACAGAAAAUAUACACUCUGUACAACAGCGUCAUAGAAACUGUAAAUAGUUAUCAUGAUAUCCUUUGGUCAGAAGUGAAUAUUGAAAAAAUCAACAGUGAACUUUUAGAAUUCCAGAACAGGUGUCGGAAGCUGCCCCGCGCCUUGAAGGACUGGCAGGCCUUUCUGGAUCUCAAGAAGACCAUUGAUGACUUCAGCGAGUGCUGCCCCCUCCUGGAGCACAUGGCCAGUAAGGCCAUGAUGGAGAGACACUGGGGGAAGAUAACUGCUCUCACAGGACACAAUCUGGAUGUGGGGAAUGAAACCUUUAAGUUAAGAAAUAUCAUGGAGGCACCUCUUCUGAAAUACAAAGAGGAAAUAGAGGACAUCUGUGUCAGCGCUGUGAAAGAGAGGGACAUUGAGCAGAAGCUGAAGCAAGUGAUUCAUGAAUGGGACAGCAAGACGUUCACAUUCGGCAGCUUUAAGACCCGGGGGGAGCUCCUCUUGCGAGGAGACAGCACCUCAGAGGUCAUCGCCAGCAUGGAGGACAGCUUGAUGCUGCUGAGCUCGCUCCAGAGCAGCAGGUACAAUAUGCCAUUCAAAACCCAGAUCCAGAAAUGGGUGCAGUACCUUUCCAACUCAACAGACAUCAUCGAGAACUGGAUGAUGGUGCAAAACUUGUGGAUUUACCUAGAAGCUGUCUUCGUGGGAGGAGACAUUGCCAAGCAGCUUCCCAAGGAAGCCAAGCGCUUUUCCAACAUAGAUAAAUCUUGGGUGAAGAUCAUGACUCGGGCGCAUGAGAUGCCGAAUGUGAUUCAGUGUUGUGUGGGUGACGAGACACUGGGGCAGCUCUUGCCACACUUGCUGGACCAGCUGGAAAUAUGCCAGAAAUCCCUCACGGGAUACUUGGAGAAAAAGCGACUCUGCUUCCCUCGUUUCUUCUUUGUCUCGGAUCCUGCCCUCCUGGAGAUCCUGGGGCAGGCAUCAGACACCCACACCAUCCAAGCCCAUUUGCUGAAUGUGUUUGACAACAUUAAAACGGUCAAGUUCCAUGAAAAGAUCUAUGAUCGCAUCCUGUCAAUUUCCUCUCGAGAGGGCGAGACGAUUGAAUUGGCCAAGCCAGUGAUGGCAGAGGGCAGUGUGGAAGUCUGGCUUAAUGCUCUCCUGGAGGAAUCUCAGAACUCGUUACAUCUUGUGAUUCGCCAGGCAGCUGAAAAUAUCCAAGAACCAGGAUUCCAACUGAUUGAAUUCCUUUCUUCCUUCCCUGCUCAGGUUGGAUUAUUAGGAAUUCAAAUGAUAUGGACACGGGAUUCAGAAGAAGCCCUUAGAAACGCCAAGUUUGAUAAGAAAAUCAUGCAGAAAACCAACCAGUCUUUCCUGGAGCUCCUUAACACCCUGAUAGACUGCACCACGCAGGACCUGAGCUCCGUGGAGCGAGUUAAAUACGAGACGCUGAUCACGAUCCAUGUGCAUCAGAGGGACAUCUUCGACGACCUGUGCCACAAGCACAUCAAGAGCCCUACAGACUUUGAAUGGCUGAAACAGUGCAGGUUUUAUUUUAACGAAGACACCGACAAGAUGAUGAUUCACAUCACCGACGUCGCGUUCAUUUACCAAAACGAGUUUCUGGGCUGCACAGACAGACUUGUCAUAACGCCGCUCACGGACAGGUGCUAUAUCACAUUGGCUCAAGCUCUUGGUAUGAGCAUGGGAGGUGCCCCCGCUGGUCCUGCGGGAACAGGCAAGACAGAGACCACCAAGGACAUGGGUCGGUGUCUCGGGAAAUACGUUGUGGUUUUCAACUGCUCAGACCAGAUGGAUUUCCGAGGACUUGGACGGAUUUUCAAAGGACUAGCCCAGUCUGGCUCCUGGGGUUGUUUUGAUGAAUUCAACCGUAUCGAUCUAGCAGUUCUGUCUGUGGCAGCCCAGCAAAUUUCCAUUAUUCUGACAUGUAAGAAGGAGCGUAAAAAGUCUUUUGUUUUUACCGAUGGAGAUAAUGUGACCAUGAACCCUGAAUUUGGACUUUUUCUAACCAUGAAUCCUGGCUAUGCUGGGCGGCAGGAGCUCCCUGAAAAUUUAAAGAUUAACUUCCGCUCUGUGGCCAUGAUGGUCCCCGACCGGCAGAUCAUCAUCAGGGUGAAGCUGGCCAGCUGCGGCUUCAUCGAUAACAUUGUUCUGGCCAGGAAGUUUUUCACGCUUUACAAGUUGUGUGAGGAGCAGCUGUCUAAGCAGGUGCAUUAUGACUUCGGGCUGCGUAACAUCCUAUCCGUUCUGCGGACGCUGGGGGCAGCCAAAAGAGCGAGCCCCACAGACACAGAGUCCACCAUCGUGAUGCGUGUGCUACGGGACAUGAAUCUUUCGAAACUGAUUGAUGAGGAUGAACCUUUAUUUUUGAGUUUGAUUGAAGACCUCUUCCCAAAUAUUCUGCUGGACAAGGCAGGCUAUCCUGAACUGGAGAUGGCAAUUAGUAGAAAGGUUGAAGAAGCUGGUUUAAUCAACCACCCUCCUUGGAAAUUGAAAGUCAUCCAGCUGUUUGAAACUCAGAGAGUGCGGCACGGCAUAAUGACCUUGGGGCCCAGUGGAGCAGGGAAAACCACGUGCAUCCACACCUUGAUGAAAGCCAUGACAGAUUGCGGAAAACCACAUCGGGAAAUGAGGAUGAAUCCCAAGGCAAUCACAGCCCCACAGAUGUUCGGUCGGCUUGACGUGUCCACGAAUGACUGGACCGAUGGAAUAUUUUCUACGCUUUGGAGGAAAACACUGAGGGCCAAGAAAGGAGAACAUAUCUGGAUCGUUCUUGACGGUCCAGUAGAUGCCAUCUGGAUUGAAAACUUGAAUUCUGUUUUGGAUGAUAACAAAACUCUAACCCUUGCCAAUGGUGAUCGGAUUCCCAUGGCUCCCAACUGCAAGAUUGUGUUUGAACCUCAUAACAUUGACAACGCCUCACCUGCCACAGUCUCGAGAAAUGGGAUGGUUUUCAUGAGUUCUUCAAUCCUCGAUUGGAGUCCUAUCCUUGAGAACCAGCUUCUGGAGCGGUCCCCUCAAGAAGCUGACACCCUCCGCGAGCUGUACACCAAGUCUUUCCCCGACCUGUAUCGCUUCAGUGUUCAGAACUUAGAAUUCAAGAUGGAGAUGCUGGAGGCCUCCGUGGUCAUGCAGAGUAUCAACAUGCUCCAAGGCCUGAUCCCUCCGAAGGAGCAAGGCGUGGAGGUGACGGCAGAGCACCUGGGAAGGCUGUACGUGUUCGCCCUGAUGUGGAGCGUGGGGGCCGUGCUGGAGCUGGGCGGCCGGCGCCGGCUGGAGCACUGGCUGGGCACCCAGGAAGCGCUGGCCUUGGACCUGCCGCCGCUGCUGGCGCCCGAGGACUCCAUGUUUGACUAUUACGUCACCGCCAGGGGGGGCUGGGCGCACUGGAACUCCUGCACAGAGGAGUACGGGUAUCCAUCUGAUGUCACCCCAGAAUACAGCUCCAUCCUGGUGCCAAACGUGGACAACGUGAGGACUGACUUUCUCAUCAAAACCAUCGCGAAGCAAGGCAAGGCUGUGUUGUUAAUAGGUGAACAGGGGACAGCCAAGACGGUCAUCAUCAAAGGAUUUAUGUCAAAAUACGAUCCGGAAAGUCACAUGAUCAAGAGUCUGAAUUUCUCUUCUGCAACCACCCCUCAGAUGUUUCAGAGGACAGUAGAGAGCUAUGUGGAUAAGCGUGUAGGGGCAACGUACGGCCCCCCAGCGGGAAAGAAGAUGACGAUUUUUAUUGAUGACGUGAAUAUGCCCGUCGUCAAUGAGUGGGGAGACCAGGUGACUAAUGAGAUUGUACGGCAGCUGAUGGAACAAAACGGGUUUUAUAACCUGGAGAAGCCUGGCGAGUUCACCAGCAUCGUGGACAUCCAAUUCUUGGCGGCCAUGAUUCACCCGGGGGGUGGACGCAAUGAUAUCCCUCAGAGACUCAAGCGGCAGUUCUGUAUAUUUAACUGCACUUUGCCCUCUGAUGCCUCCAUGGACAAGAUCUUUGGUGUGAUUGGAACAGGCUACUACUGUGCUCAAAGGGGUUUCUCAGAGGACGUGAGGAUCUCGGUGAUGAAACUGGUUCCCCUGACACGCUGUCUGUGGCAGAGGACUAAGAUGAAAAUGCUCCCGACUCCUGCAAAAUUCCAUUAUGUGUUUAACCUCCGAGAUCUUUCCAGGGUCUGGCAGGGUAUGCUGAACACUACUUCAGAAGUUAUCAAGGAACCAGAUGACUUGCUGAGGUUGUGGAAACAUGAGUGCAAACGCGUGUUAGCGGAUCGUUUCACGGUGUCUGAAGAUGUGACCUGGUUUGAUAAGACAUUAGUCAAUUUGGUGGAGGAGGAAUUUGGUGAAGAGAAUAAACUCUCAGUGGAUUGUGGAGUUGAUGCUUAUUUUGUGGAUUUCUUGAGGGAUGCACCAGAAGCUACAGGCGAAACAUCGGAGGAAGCUGAUGCUGAAAUGCCCAAAGUCUAUGAGCCAAUCGAGUCUUUUCACCAGCUAAAGGAGCGCUUGACUCUGUUCCUGCAGCUGUAUAACGAGAGCGUUCGUGGGGCCGGCAUGGACUUGGUGUUCUUUGCAGAUGCAAUGAUUCACUUGGUCAAGAUCUCCCGUGUCAUUCGCACCCCCCGUGGAAAUGCACUGCUUGUUGGGGUGGGUGGAUCAGGAAAGCAGAGCCUGACGAGGCUGGCCUCCUUCAUUGCUGGCUACACCUCCUUCCAGAUCACCCUGACCAGGUCUUAUAGCACAUCGAAUCUGAUGGAAGACUUGAAGCUCUUGUAUAGAACGGCUGGUCAGCAAGGCAAAGGAAUCACUUUUAUUUUCACGGACAAUGAGAUUAAGGAUGAGUCAUUUUUGGAAUAUAUGAACAAUGUCCUGUCGUCGGGUGAGGUUUCCAACCUUUUUGCUCGUGAUGAAAUCGAUGAAAUUAACAGUGACCUACUAUCAGUCAUGAAAAAAGAGCACCCCAGACACCCUCCCACCAACGAGAAUCUGUAUGACUACUUCAUGAGUCGCGUCCGGCAAAACCUCCACAUUGUGCUCUGCUUUUCGCCAGUGGGCGAGAAGUUUCGCAAUCGAGCUUUGAAGUUCCCUGCCCUGAUUUCAGGGUGCACCAUCGACUGGUUCAGCCGGUGGCCCAAGGAUGCCUUAGUUGCUGUGUCUGAGCACUUCCUGUCGUCCUAUGACAUUGAAUGCAGUCUGGAGACCAAGAAGGAGGUGGUCCAGUGCAUGGGCUCCUUCCAGGACGGAGUAGCUGAGAAGUGUGUCGAUUACUUCCAGAGGUUCCGACGUUCUACCCAUGUGACGCCCAAGUCCUACCUCUCCUUCAUCCAGGGCUACAAGCUCAUCUAUGGAGAGAAGCACACGGAGGUGCAGACUCUGGCCAACAGGAUGAAUACUGGAUUGGAAAAGCUAAAAGAAGCCUCAGAAUCGGUUGCAGCGCUGAGCAGAGAACUGGCGGUGAAAGAAAAGGAGCUCCAAGUGGCCAAUGAGAAGGCUGACACGGUCUUAAAAGAAGUGACGAUGAAGGCACAGGCUGCAGAAAAGGUCAAGGCCGAGGUCCAGAAGGUGAAGGACAAGGCCCAGGCCAUCGUGGACAGUAUCUCCAAAGACAAAGCCAUCGCCGAAGAGAAACUGGAAGCAGCAAAACCAGCUCUGGAAGAGGCAGAGGCAGCCUUGCUGACCAUCAAGCCUUCCGACAUUGCCACCGUCCGCACGCUGGGCCGCCCCCCUCACCUCAUCAUGAGGAUCAUGGACUGUGUGUUGCUGCUGUUUCAAAGGAAGGUCAACGCAGUGAAAAUUGACCUGGACAAAAGCUGCAUGAUCCCUUCUUGGCAGGAAUCUUUAAAACUGAUGACUGCAGGGAACUUUUUGCAGAACUUACAGCAAUUCCCCAAAGACACAAUCAAUGAGGAAGUGAUAGAGUUCCUGAGCCCUUACUUCGAAAUGGCGGAUUACAACAUCGAGACGGCCAAGCGCGUGUGUGGGAACGCAGCCGGCCUGUGCUCCUGGACCAAGGCGAUGGCGUCCUUCUUUUCUGUAAACAGAGAGGUGUUGCCUCUGAAGGCCAACCUGGCAGUGCAGGAGAGCAGGCACGUCCUGGCCAUGCAGGACCUGCAGACGGCGCAGGCCGAGCUGGACGACAAGCAGGCGGAGCUGGACGUGGUGCAGGCGGAGUACGAGCAGGCGAUGGCGGAGAAGCAGACCUUGCUUGAAGACGCAGAGCGGUGCAGGCAUAAAAUGCAGAAGGCGUCCGCGCUGAUCGGUGGCCUGGCUGGGGAGAAGGAGAGAUGGACGGAGCAAAGGAAAGAGUUUGCAGCCCAAACAAAAAGACUUGUAGGGGAUGUAUUGUUGGCUACAGCUUUUCUAUCUUAUUCUGGCCCAUUUAACCAAGAAUUCCGCAAUCUGCUGUUAAGUGACUGGCAGAAGGAGAUGAAAGCCCGGGAGAUUCCAUUUGGAAACAAUCUAAAUCUCAACGAGAUGCUGAUGGAUGCCCCCACUAUCAGUGAAUGGAAUCUCCAGGGCUUGCCAAAUGAUGACCUGUCCAUCCAGAAUGGAAUCAUCGUCACCAAGGCAUCUCGCUAUCCUUUGUUAAUUGACCCACAGACUCAGGGCAAGAUCUGGAUCAAAAAUAAAGAAAGUAAAAAUGAACUGCAGAUCACAUCUCUUAAUCACAAGUACUUCAGAAGCCACCUGGAAGACAGUCUCUCUCUUGGGAGACCCCUGCUUAUCGAAGACGUUGGCGAGGAACUAGACCCAGCACUGGAUAAUGUCUUAGAGAGAAACUUCAUUAAGACGGGGACCACCUUUAAGGUGAAGGUCGGUGACAAGGAAGUAGAUGUGAUGGGCGGUUUCAGACUCUACGUGACUACCAAGCUCCCCAACCCAGCCUACACCCCUGAAAUAAGUGCACGCACCUCCAUCAUUGACUUCACAGUCACCAUGAAAGGUCUAGAAGAUCAGCUGCUGGGGAGAGUCAUUCUCACCGAGAAGCAGGAAUUGGAGAAAGAAAGAACUCGUCUCAUGGAAGAAGUGACUGCAAACAAAAGAAGAAUGAAGGAGCUGGAAGAUAAUUUGCUUUUCCGCCUGACGAGUACUCAGGGGUCCCUGGUGGAAGACGAGAGUCUGAUUGUUGUUCUAAGUAACACAAAAAAGACAGCCGAAGACGUGACACAGAAGCUGGAAAUUUCAGCUGAGACAGAAAUUCAAAUUAACUCCGCCCGGGAGGAAUACAGACCUGUUGCCACCCGGGGCAGCGUCCUCUAUUUCCUCGUCACCGACAUGCGCUUGGUGAACGAGAUGUAUCAGACUUCGCUCCGCCAGUUCCUGGGCUUGUUUGACCUUUCGUUGGCCAGGUCUGUGAAGAGCCCCAUCACCAGCAAGAGGAUUGCUAACAUCAUCGAGCACAUGACCUACGAGGUUUAUAAGUAUGCAGCCCGCACGCUGUACGAAGAACACAAGUUUCUGUUCACCUUGUUGCUCACCCUAAAGAUUGACAUCCAGAGGAAUCGAGUCAAGCAUGAGGAGUUUCUCACCCUGAUUAAAGGUGGUGCCUCGCUGGACCUUAAAGCCUGUCCCCCUAAACCAUCUAAAUGGAUCCUGGACAUGACCUGGCUGAAUUUGGUGGAACUCAGUAAACUUAGACAGUUUUCAGAUGUCCUCGAUCAGAUAGCAAGAAAUGAGAAAAUGUGGAAAAUUUGGUUUGAUAAGGAAAAUCCUGAGGAAGAACCUCUCCCCAAUGCCUACGAUAAGUCCCUCGACUGCUUCAGACGCCUUCUCCUCAUCAGGUGUUGCUGUCCUGACAGAACCAUCGCUCAGGCCCGCAAGUACAUCAUGGACUCCAUGGGGGAAAACUAUGCUGAGGGCGUUAUCCUGGACCUGGAAAAGACCUGGGAGGAGUCUGACCCGCGAACUCCACUCAUCUGUCUCCUGUCCAUGGGCUCGGACCCCACGGACUCCAUCAUUGCCCUGGGGAAGAGGCUGAAAAUAGAAACCCGCUACGUGUCCAUGGGCCAGGGCCAGGAGGUCCACGCACGCAAGCUCUUGCAGCAGACCAUGGCAAAUGGCGGGUGGGCGCUUCUCCAGAACUGCCACCUGGGGCUGGCCUUCAUGGACGAGCUGAUGGACAUCAUCACGGACACCGAGGUGGUGCAUGGCACCUUCCGGCUUUGGAUGACCACGGAGCGCCACAGGCAGUUUCCCAUCACGCUCCUGCAGAUGGCCAUCAAGUUUGCCAACGAACCGCCCCAGGGCCUCCGCGCAGGCUUGAAAAGAACAUACGGGGGGGUGAGUCAGGACCUUCUGGACGUGAGCAUGGUGGCUCAGUGGAAGCCCAUGCUGUACGCCGUGGCUUUCCUGCAUUCCACAGUUCAGGAGAGGCGGAAGUUUGGCCCCCUGGGAUGGAACAUUCCCUAUGAAUUUAAUCAAGCGGACUUUAAUGCCACUGUGCAGUUCAUCCAAAACCACCUGGACGACAUGGAUCUUAAAAAAGGAGUCUCUUGGACGACUGUUCGCUACAUGAUAGGGGAGAUUCAAUAUGGAGGAAGAGUCACCGAUGACUACGAUAAGAGAUUAUUGAACACAUUUGCUAAGGUUUGGUUCAGUGAAAAUAUGUUUGGACCAGACUUCAGCUUUUACCAAGGCUAUAAUAUUCCAAAAUGCAGCACAGUGGACAGCUAUCUGCACUAUAUCCAGGGCUUGCCCACUUAUGACAGCCCUGAGGUGUUCGGGCUGCACCCCAAUGCCGACAUCACCUACCAGAGCAAGCUGGCCAAGGACGUGCUGGACACUAUUUUGGGCAUCCAACCCAAGGAUAGUUCUGGGGGAGGGGACGAAACCCGAGAGACGGUGGUGGCCCGGCUGGCUGAUGACAUGCUGGAAAAGCUUCCCCCAGACUAUAUCCCAUUUGAAGUCAAAGAGAGGCUGCUGAAGAUGGGGCUGUUCCAGCCCAUGAACAUCUUCCUCAGGCAGGAGAUAGACAGGAUGCAGCGUGUGCUCAGUCUGGUCCGGGCCACGCUGACCGAGCUGAAGCUCGCCAUCGAUGGCACCAUCAUCAUGAGCGAGAGCCUCCGCGAUGCGCUGAAUUGCAUGUUUGAUGCCCGGAUUCCCACCCAGUGGAAAAAAGCAUCGUGGGUUUCAAGUACACUGGGUUUCUGGUUUACUGAACUUAUCGAAAGAAACUGCCAGUUCACUUCUUGGGUUUUCACUGGCCGACCCCACUGCUUUUGGAUGACGGGGUUCUUUAACCCCCAAGGAUUUUUAACUGCAAUGCGACAGGAAAUAACUCGAGCCAACAAAGGCUGGGCUCUGGACAACAUGGUGCUGUGCAACGAGGUCACCAAGUGGAUGAAGGAUGACAUCUCCGCCCCGCCCGCGGAGGGCGUCUACGUGUUUGGUUUGUAUCUCGAAGGUGCUGGCUGGGACAAGAGGAACAUGAAGCUGAUUGAGUCCAAACCAAAAGUGCUGUUUGAGUUGAUGCCCGUCAUCAGGAUUUAUGCAGAAAACAACACUGUAAGAGAUCCUCGGUUUUACUCCUGCCCCAUCUACAAGAAGCCCGUCAGAACAGACCUGAACUACAUCGCCGCCGUGGAGCUCAGGACGGUCCAGGCCCCCGAACACUGGGUGCUCCGUGGGGUGGCUCUUCUCUGUGAUGUCAAGUGA